AUGCUCCUAAUCAAAGCAGUUCUUUUCAGCCUCUGCGUGAUCCCGGUUUCCAUAGUGCCCACCGCCUGCCAGAGCGUGGCGGUGGAUAUUGAGCCAUGCUUCGGCAUCAGUAGUCCAACGCACAGGACUCAGCUCCGACCUAUGUACUCGGGAGCUGCCUAUACCCUCAAGACACGCGGCGAAGAUAUCCCACUCACCGGACAACCGCAUACAAAGUCCACACAUCCCCACGCAUGUGCUUUUGCCUUUGCUGCCCCCACACAUCCCCAGUUUCAUUUUGUCACUGUGUACAUAAAGCAAGCUCAACUAAAUAUUACUGCCGGCAUGGGUGGAGAAGCGAGUCUAGUAUUCAUAGGGAACGCAUACCCGACUGUUCAUCUCGCCACUGUAAGACUCACAAAGAUGUUCCCAGUAAAGCGUGACUUCUACCUGGAUACGCAAGCCUGGCCGAAGAAUUCCACUGUCAUUUAUAUGCUUCUGAUUCAUGAUUUUAUCGGAGAGAGAAGUGGAGAUGCCAAAUUCUAUUUGGAUAUUGCCCUCACUCCGACGUACCUUUGUGUGCUGACACAGUUCCAGGUUCGGGGAUCUCACACAAACCUCCGCAACCCCUAUGAUAUAAGUCUGAUUAACCUCAACGAAAUGUUUCAUCCCGGCUGGCUUAUUUGCACAACUCCGGUGGUCGCUGAUCGCUUUGGAUUAAAAUUGACCUAUCGUUUUGUAGCCUAUUGCAUUGAUUAUCGCCUUAGUUGUGAUGGUGUUGUCAACUGCCCCAGAGGUCCCACUGCGCUAGCCAACAGAGUAUUUGCAUCCCUCCCUCAAAGCAGCGCCGAUGAGUAUUCGAGGAGUCUCAUCUGUUAUGCACCCACCGUCAACUGGUUCUUGGUAGUAAUUAUCCUCUUCAGCGUCAUUAAUGUCGGACUUCUAUUUUUGAUAAGUUAUGUGGGAUUGCUGAGGCGCUAUUCACCACUCCGUUACUUGCGCCUUCAGUCGCUAUGUCUUCGCUAUGGAUGCUGUUGUCUGCCUAGCCGAUGGCGUCAAAGAGUAGUAGGAAGACCACCCAUGUUCCGUCAAAACUCUAUCAGCAGUGCUGAUUUCGAGAUACCUCUGAGCCCACCAACCUACGCCAGUGUGGAACAAGCUGAUAAGACGAAUCUUUUCGCCCGACGGUCUAAACGCCGCUUCCAGUGGCGGCGUCAGAAAUCCGUGGUUGUUGCUGAAUCCGGCCAUCAGCUACCACCCUCGUAUUCAGAUGUGAAUGAGGAAGUUGGUGUGGCACCAGAAGGAGUUAUACAGAAGAUUCAGAGCCUCCAGAGUUCCUUCACCUCCCGUCCAGGCGGAGGACAUGGUGGCACUUCGCCGAGAGUUAAACCCCUGCCACAGCAUCUCCGUAGAACUAUUCAUCGAAUUGAUCUUGGAGUUGAACUGCGAGUCGCGUUGAGACGUACAGUCUCUCGAACCAGAGCCCUGGUGAGUUCUGGCUUCCAAAUCGUGCGAUUUCGACCUACGACUCAACCACCGCUGACACCAGAGGCGGCGGGUGGGGAGGGAAGUUCAGUACUUCAACCGCCACCACCAAACUACUCGGAAUUUCUUAGUGGCAACUUUCCCAGAUAUCCAGCAACCGUAGAAGUAGACCACAUCAGACCACCUCUAUCCACUCCUGUAGAAAGGAUACCUUUUCGAGGACCUAGAAGAAGACGAUCGCGUCGCAGAAACUUGUGA